GAAAUAUGUCUUGCACAAAUGCUUGCAAUUUAUUAUCAUAAAUCAACUGGAAACAAUCAUUCGUACACUGGAGAACCUUGUGAUGAAGGAUAUGAAUAUUUUUGUCAUUUACCAUCCAAACAAAUACUUUAUUAUUUGGGAUUUCGAGUAGAAGAAUCAUGUAUGAAUAUGUAUACAUUACAAUUUAAUGCGUAUCAAACACUUUCUAAUGAUAGUAUUUUAACUUGUAUUUUAC